UGAGAUUAGUAAAGGAUCUACAUGAACUCCUCUGCUAUAAAGAAAGCAUCCAUCACUCCUUAUCCUCACCUUCCCCACCUUCUCUUCCUUUUCAAUCUACUCCAAGUCUUUCAGCUGUUAGUCUAGCCAGUGAGAUGUGGAGGGGACAGGAUCAUACUACAAGAGAAGAGUCUGAUGCUUCUUUUAUCAUUGGUCAAGCUAGAGCAGUCCACUCUGUACUAAGAGCUGUGUCUACCAAUGAACAAAGAAACAAGUCGUUUGUAAUAUAUCGUGAUCCAUUGGUCAGUGAGGCCAGAAGAGCUCGUGUUGUAUUGAUCAAACUGAAGGAAAGAGUCAGGAAAGUACUGGUUGAAUUACCGGAUUAUCCUCUUCUGAAACAAAUAUUAUUUGCUGUCGAUCAAGUUCUUUCUCUUGAUCUACUAAGUCCCUUAAUGAAGAUAUUGGCUGGACUUGAAAAUGUUUUGAAAAAAUCACAAGAUUGGGAAGGAUAUGCUUGCUCUAGACUAUCUAUCUCCACUCAGCUCUCAGCUCUCACUGAACUUGUAUUAGAAUGGAGACGACUAGAACUCAAUUCUUGGUCUAAUCUCCUAAGCAUGUGUAAAGAUGAUUUCAUUAGUCAGAGCUGCAAGUGGUGGUUUUAUCUGUAUGGCCUCAUAAAUGAAGAGAGUCUCUCAGAAUCUGAUGCUGUUACAUUGUUGCAGUCAUUCAUUGAGUCCAGCUCUAUUGGUGAUUAUACUAACAGGCUGAGAAUGAUUGAGAGCUUUGGUCUACAAUUGGAAGAAGAUAACUCAUCAUUGAGUCAUGUACUGUCUAAUGUACAUACGUACUAUAUUCAAUUUGAGGAAUCUGUCAAUGACAAUAUUAACCAGCUUUCUGAGCCAAUAGAAACUGGACUAAAAGAUUAUUUGAAGAUACUAAGAUGGAAAGAUGGGAACUAUUGGUCCAUAAAACAGCAAAGCGAGAGGAGUCAUGCCACACUCUCAAAACACAUAAAGCAAUAUAAAGAUGUUCUCUCACAACCAGUCAAACCAGUUUUAACAACCGGUAGCAUCAAAGAGAAAUCUCAUUCUAGUGAAGGUGAUUCUGUGCUUGAAGGUUAUGUAUCACAUCUUAAGAGUAGGGAUGAGACAGUUGCUACAUUUAAUGGAGAGUUUAAUUUUGCUCUAAGAUUAAGUGAAGGAGACUCCUCACUGAGUGGCACUGAUGCUUACAAUAGGCUGAGGCAGUUAUUGAACAGAUAUAAGAGGAACCAGUUACUCUUACAAUGGACUGAACAGUUGGAUGAGUUCACUGGGUCUGUCAUUAGCGACUAUCACUCACUACAAUCCAAUGACAUUCCUUCAAAAUUGAGUAAGGAAGAGAGAGAGGCAGCUAUUAAGCUUCUACUUAUGAAAAGGAAAAGAGCAUUCACUGAUCUUUUUAAGACCUUGAAGUCAAUGGGUUUGUCUUAUAGAAAAGGUGAAGAAUUGUCAGAUCAAAACCUUCAGCUCCUAUCCCUCACUUCUCCAUCUCUUAUUAAAGAAGCACUUGACACUACACUCAUUAAUGAUUGCAACUUGUAUUUCUUUCGUUGUGUAUUAAGAUCUGCCGCACUCAAUUCUGCAUUAGCAACACCAUCAAAAGAAUUGAGUGUGAUACAUGUAUUGUGGAUUAGAGGCUACUGUGUUCAGUUAAUGGAUGCAUUGUGUGUGCAAAGAGAAACGCUAUAUAAAGGACAAAAAGAACUCCUUUUAUUCAAUCAUUUAUUAGAAAGGUUAAGAGUUUCUUCAGAUUGUGUAGCUGUUUCACUUACUGAGUAUAAGAAAUGGCUGAUUUGUCUUUGUGAUUGCUUGCAACAAUGCGUUGAAGGAAUCAGUGCCUGUCAAGAGAUAUCUGAGAUGAUUCCAGACGCCAUUGAUGUCUCUCUUACUCCUCUACCUCCCUCAUCCCUCCCUCCUCUAUUGACUGAGCCUAUUAUUAUGAAGAAAGAAGGAGAGAAGCUCUCGGAAUGGAGCAAAGUGUUAAAGGAUAAGCUCCAAACUGCAAUUGAGUACACUAAGAGUAUGAAGAGAAAUGGGUUUUAUUUUAUCACAAGAAAUGAGCUCUUAUUCCUCACUAAUGGAUACACACUACUGCAAGAGUUUGUAGCAGACCCAGUCAACCAGUACUUGAAUGCUACACUAGGAAAACAUAAUGACAGCUUUGAUUCUUUGUGUUUUAUGAAACGCCUACAAAGCAAAGUUUCACUGAAAUGCCAGGAAUUUAGUACUUGGACUGCUGACGUUGUAGGAUCGACCAAUCAGAUUGCUCCAGUCACAUGUGAUUACGAGUCAAUGCUCAAGCCUUUAUUGCUUGGUGUUCAGCAUGUGAUGGAAAAAGAGAAAGUUAUGAAGGGAAAAAGUGAAGAGGAUGAGGAUGGGCUUCCUGUUUAUAAACUCCUUUGUGAUUUCUCCUCAAGUAAUUUAAAAGAAAUCAACACCAAUGAAGUUAUAAACUGUUUGAUUACAAUACUUGAAAGUGGUUCUGCUCCAUGCAGUAGUGAAGUUUUAAUUCCAUUUAUGGAGAAGUAUCACUCCUUACUUGAAAGAGUUUGUUAUGAACAUGCAUUGGUACACAGGAUUCUAUCAAAGAUGACCUCUUGUCUAUUGGAGAUAUACACCAAUGUACUAAUAAAGGGUUUUUGUGUGCCCCCUGAACUAAUGGAGGAUACUAAAGGAGGAGAAGAAUUCGUCGAUCAAGAAGCUGGUGGUUUUGAUGAAGGAGAAGGAGCUAAUGAUGUCAGUGAGAAUAUUGACAAGAAUAAUCUGGUAAGUGAACAGUGUUGCUAUCAAAAGUAG